AUGGAUGUUUCUGCUCAGGAUGUCUUCUCGUAUCAGGGAUAUCAUCAUAUUGAGUGGUGGGUUGGAAAUGCUAAGCAGGCCGCUGCCUUUUACAUCACGCACAUGGGCUUUGAGCGCCUGGCAUAUCGUGGAUUAGAAACAGGUUCUCGGAAUAUUGCUUCCAAUGUUGUUCGUAACGGCAGCGUUGUGUUCGUCUUCACGUCGGCUUUGCGAGGAGCAGAAGACAAUAGCCGUGUCAAUGAGGAGGACCUGCAGGCGCUUGGCAAAAUACACAAGCAUCAAGAGUUGCAUGGGGAUGCUGUCAAAGAUGUUGCUUUCGAGGUCGAAAAUAUUGACGCAUUGUACUCUGUCGCGAUCGCUGCCGGAGGACGAUCGGUCGCCCCUCCCUGCGAUAUCUCCGAUGAGUCUGGAACUGUCCGACUUGCAGUCAUUCAAAGCUAUGGUGACACUACACAUACAUUGAUUCAGAGAGGCUCAUACAAAGGUGUUUUCCUUCCUGGAUAUCGCACAGAGGACAGCUUUGCCGACCCAAUCGCCAGCUUGUUACCGGAAAUACAACUCUCUCACAUUGACCAUUGUGUUGGUAAUCAAGACUGGGACGAGAUGGAGAAUGUAUGUGAUUAUUAUGAAAGAAUCCUUGGGUUUCACCGCUUUUGGAGCGUUGAUGAUAAAGACAUUUGCACUGAAUAUUCUGCACUAAAGUCAAUUGUCAUGAGUUCACCCAAUCAUGUGGUCAAAAUGCCGAUCAACGAGCCUGCCCAGGGGAAGAAACAGAGUCAAAUUGAAGAGUAUGUCGGCUUCUACGGUGGUCCAGGUGUUCAGCAUAUAGCUCUUCGUUCCUACGAUAUCGUCCGCGAUAUCAAGAGCCUAAAGGCACGCGGUGUCGAGUUUAUCCAAGUACCUGAGGCGUACUACACAGCCAUAGAGGUCCGGCUUAAGAGCUCAGGCAUCAAAUUAAAAGAAGACUUCGAGGUUCUGAAAGGUUUGAAUAUUCUGAUUGAUUUUUACGAGGGGGGUUAUCUUCUACAAUUGUUUACAAAGCAUUUGAUGGAUCGGCCCACUGUUUUUAUUGAAAUCAUUCAACGAAAUAAUUUCGAAGGUUUUGGUGCCGGAAACUUCAAGAGCUUAUUCGAAGCUAUCGAGCGAGAGCAGGAGUUGAGGGGAAAUUUGAUCUAA